AUUAAUUCUGAAAUAUAACAAGAUGCUACGGGUUUGUCGUACUCGUUAAAGUUGAUUUGGAGCGAAUAAAGAUGUUAAUACCUCGUAAAAUGUCUUUGUUUGGGUUAUGUAUAGUUUGGUGACAUAGCUCCAUUCGCAAAAUGUAGAAUUAUUAAAUCCUCUCGUUGACUGGCAUUUUUCUUACAAGGUAACAUUUACGUUUGCAUUCGCAGUGAAUCAGUAUAGUCUUCUGAGGAAUUCGGCAUAUGCAUUAUGCACUUUGUUAUGUUUAAAGUGUGUGAACUUAUCGUUGAACAAUUGUUGUCAACUCCUGAACGACAGGCUAUGGAUGAUGCUUGUUUUGAAAUUUAAAAGCAGAAUCCCUGUGGAUAUAAGCGCUUUUCUUUAGCAUAACGAAGACCGAAAAACACAACGAGCCCAUUUGAUUCAUAAAUAGUUGUACAUCUUCCUAUAAAUGGUGUAAUGUGAGUCGUUUAGGGUGAAUAUAUAUAUACUAAGGGGAUUUGUAAACGGGGGCUGGUUCAGGUGGAGGUUUGCGUGCGUCUGCUGGCAAGGCAACAGCAGCAACAGCAGCAACCGGCCUCCGGGGACGCUGCUGGUUGUCGGGAAAAUGGCUGUGAAUAGUAGUAAACGCAAUAAAAUAAAUAUUUAGGAAGAUAUGCAGACGGAAGCAGCGGAGCGGAGGAGAAAUCCUGGCCGGCUCAGGCGAGGGGAGAGCGGGCAGAGCCGAGCGCAGCCCCCGGGAAGAGACCCGAGGACCACGGUGGAGGAGAUGGCAAGACUGCCGGAGCAGCAGGAGGAGAGAGGAGAUGGAGGGAGGGGGAGGGAAAGAGAGGAGAGAGGGGGAGGAAGGAGGGCAGCUUCAGAAGGAGGAGAAGGCAGCGAGGAGCCCAGGAGGCUCAGGUGGAGACUGAACCAACUAGAGAAGGAAAAACUGCAGCUGACGUCCAGCCACAACCAGGAGCUGUGCAGGCUGCAGGCGGAGCUGGCUCGUCUCCGGGCCUCGGUGGAGCGGGGAGAAGCCGAGAGGGCGGACCUCCAGCACCGGAUCACCGUGACCUCCAGAGACAGCGAACGCACCUCCGCCGAGCUCAGCAGAGACAAACGAUCGCUCACAGAGCGAGCGGCCGAGCUCCAGCAGAAGGUGGAGGAGCUGCAGAGAGCUCUGGACCUGGUGCGUGAGGCCAGGGAGGAGGACCAGCAUGCUUUGCAGCAGGAAGUGGAGGAGCGUGACAAACUGAUUCAGAGCUUCAGCUCAGAAAACCAACGACUUCACCGGCUGCUGCAGGACCAGGAGGAGGCUCUGGAGGAGGCGGAGAGGAGGCUGCUGGAGGCGCAGAAGGAGAGAGAGAUGGAGGCGGAGGCGAACAGGCGACGAGCCGAGGAGCUGAAGUACCUGGUGGAGAGGGAGGAGGCGAUCCGGACGGAGAAGGAGGCGUCGGAUCAGAGGGCGAAGGCUCUGCAGGCGAACCUGGAGGCCGAGCGAGCCGCUCACCUGGAGUCCAAGUUCAACUCUGAGAUCGUCCAGCUGCGGGUCCGGGACCUGGAGGCGGGGCUUCAGGCAGAGCGGUGCAGCCACCAGGAGGCGCUGUGCAGCCUGGAGCGGGCGAUCGGCCUGGAGAGAGAGAGGAGCAGCACCACUGAGCGCGCUCUGGAGCGGCUGAAGACGGAACACGAGCAGCACAAGUCAGAAAUGAGCGUCGUCCUGGAAACGGAGAGGAAGACGACCUCCGACCUCACAGAAAGACUGGAGGACGAGAAGAGACGGUGCUCCCUGCUGGAGGAGGAAGCUCAGAGACGUUCUGAGGUGGACGAAGCCUUCAUGAAACAAAUCAGAGAAGCUCUACAACAGCACGGGAGCCCAGACACACGGCCUGCAAAGGAUGAUGGGAAACAAAGUCCUCCAGCUGACGUGCUGCAGCUACUGACAUCGACUCUCAGCUCGUACAACCUCAGACUGAAAGACUCUGACAAACAGCUCCAGGAUCUGCUGUUUGCCUCCGAGAAGCUGCAGGAUGAGGUCCUGUCUCUCCGAGGGCUGACGUCUGAUCAGAGGAGCCAGAUCGACGAGCAUCAGCGGGCGUUGAUACAACUGGAGGCGGAGGUGUGUCGCUGGCGCCAGGAGAGCUCUGAUUGGUCGAUCCAGAGGCGGAGCUUGCAGGACGAGCUACAGAGAGAGAGGGAGGAGAGGAAGGCCGAGGUCCAGAAGAUAACGGAGCAACACAAUGAAGAGACAACGGUCCGUCUGUCCUUCCUGCACCGCCUCUACCAGCGCCUCCUGGCCGGCUGCGUCCUCCUCAGUCAGCCCCAAAGCAUUCUGGGUAACUUUACGUGGGAGGAGCUGUGUGAUGUCAUCGAUGAGCAGGUGGACCAGCUGACCUCUGACCUCCAGAAGGCCAAGGACAAGAUCGCCCGUCUCCAGAGUGUGUGUUCUCAGAGGAGUGUGUGUGUCCGUCAGCUGCAGCGUAACCAGCAGAGUGUGUUGUCUCGUCUGGAGGAGGCCAUGAGGAGGAGGGAGGAGGCGUGGAGCCACCAGCACCAGCUCUCCCUCACCCAGCUACAGGGAGAGCUGCAGACGUGUCGCUCUCAGUCCGACUCCCUCCGCCAUCGCUGCUCCUCCCUGACCUCCGACCUCUCCCGGCUCCGGGGGGAGUCGUCCUCCCUCCUCGCCGCCUGCUCCCUAUUGGCCGGAGCGCUAAGCCACGCCCACAUCCGGCUCCGCUCCCUCGCCCAGCAGAAAACCCUCGUGUGCCGGCGGCUGCAGGAGAGGGAGCUUCUGGAGGAGGAGGUGAGGAGGCUGGUGGGCGCUCUGGGGGUAGGAGGCCCGGAGGAGGAGGAGAAGGAGGAAAUGAAGAGGAGGAGCAGGAGGAGGAGGUGGAGGAGGAGCGUGUGUGCGGUGAUGGCUGUGAGGAGGUGGAGCCUAAUGUCCAGAAACACUACGGUGCUGCUGAGGCUGGAGAGAGGAGGCGGAGCUACGAGCGUCUGCAUGAGAGGAGGAGGAGGAGGAGGAGGAGGAGGAGGAGAUGAAGAUGAGGAUGAAAGUCGUGAGGGAGUUUGUUCCCGGUGGCUUCGCUCCGAGCGUCUCUCCUCCGUCAUCCUGUCGUCCACGUCCGACCUCCAGGAGGCGCUAUCGCACACCGGCUCCUCCCCUCCCAGCGUGAUCUCAGCCGCCCGCUCAGCGUUGUCCCGCCUCCUGGAUCACAUCCUGGACCAAUCAGAUCCCAGCCCGUCCUCCUCUCUGAUUGGCUGGCUCAGACUGGGACUUCCUCCUCCGAAGCCCAACGUGAAGACCCUGGUCUCCGACCUCCAGCGGCACUUCCUGCUUUUCAGCCAACGACUGCACUCGGUGGAGGUGGAGAGGCGGGGCUUAAGGCUGGAGGUGGCCAAUCUGAAGAGAGGACUGCAUCAGGGGAAGGAGGACACGUCCAGGACGGUCCCAGAGGAGCGUUUCCAGACCGUUUGCCUGGAGCUCCGUCGAGCUCUGACCAGAGAAGAAGAAGCUCAGACUCUGAUCCGGGAACAGUUCAACCAACUACAAAAGCUCCAGCUCAGAGUCGACGCCCACAACAACAACAACAUCAACACUGACGAAGACACACAACGCACACUGGGCCACGCCACACAGGCUUUGUCGGAGGCUCGGCUGGAGGCGAGUCGCAAAGAGCGUUCGCUGAGGAUUCUGGCUAAGCACCUGGCGGGGGUUCAGAGGGAGAAGAGGAGGCUGGAGGAGAAGCUGCAACGAGCCGAGGACAAACUGAGAGACGCCACCAGACGCCAGGAGGCCGUGGUCGGUUUCAUGAAGGCCGCGGAGACGAGCUACGAGCAGGUCAGAAACGGCCUCGUCCAAUCACAGCGCUCCCCGUUGGCUAAGCCCCACCCCCUGCUGUCAGCCCAGGAACACCUGAGUGGAGCAGAGAGCAUCAUGGGAGCUCCAGAGGUGGCAGCGUGCCAGAGUUUUCUCUCCGUCGUCUCUCGGCUUGUUCACACCAUCACCUCCGUCUCCGCCCACCGGAGUGACAGCCAGGUCUUCAUCCCCGUGGUUGAAUUUCCUGAGACGUUCCCAUUGGCUGAACCUCAACCAGUUCCUCUCUCUGAUUCGUCGAAGGGACACGUUGUCUGUAUAAGCCCCGCCCAUGCUCAGAUAAGCCCCUCCCCUUUAAUGCAGCCGAACCCCGUCCUGGCUAAAAGCAAGGAGAGAAAACCCACAAAGAAGAAGAAGAGGGUAAACGUGAAGAGGUAAAGGAAGCGAAAUGACGAUCCGAACUUUGUUUCCUGAGCACAGCCGGCCGCUGACAGACGUCUGAAGGCCAGAUGGUCGUCUGUGACGGAUCGGCAGCUGGUCGGUGUCUCGGCGUCCGUCACUAAAAUGUUUUUCUACUCGUCUCUUUUAAUCCUGUUUGUUUUAAUUUAAAAGAAAAAUGUGAAGGACUUUGUUUCUGUGAUUUAAGAUGUGAAAUUUAUGGUAUUUAAAGUUCCAAAGCUUUUGUCUGACAACUUUCAUUCACGAUUUCUAGGCAUGAACUGAUUUUAGUCGAACCACGUGACAGGAAAUAAAAGAAGAAACAAGUCCUUUUCAAAAUCUCAGACACAAAACAUUUCUUGGUCGUGUGGUUUCAGUUAA